AUGUCUGGGUUUUCUUCACUAUUUGGUAAGUCUUCUGAUAAGUAUGAUCUGUCUAUAAAUGAGUUGUUCAAUAAUUCUGCCGACGGCCCUAUUUCAAAAGAUCAACUCAUUGAUAAAAAGAGAACUGUGGUUAAUAUUCCCCAUUCCAAGGAAAGAAAACAAACCGAAACAAAUGGUGAUGCAAGAGAAAGUGAUGAUAAGGAAGAGGAGGACGGAAGCAAAGAAGGGGAUGACAAUGAAGAAGAGGAAAUUGAAGAGGAAAGAUCAAUCAAGAAAAUCAAAAGGAAGGACGAAAAUGACAAUUUAGAAGCCAAGUAUUUUGAAAAAGUGAUGCAUUCGGAAGAGAAAGAGGAUUCUACCAAAGAUGAGGGAUCUAAAGACGAAGAAAGCUCAGGUGAUGAGAAUUCGCCGGUCGAGAAAGAAUCGAAAAAGACUAAAGCAGCUAAAACAAUCGAUUUUAAAGAGGAGGAGUUGGAAAAAGCAGAGAGGACGGUAUUUGUGGGAAAUGUUCCAAGUGAUGUAAUAACGUCAAAAGUGCUUGCCAAGAACUUCAAGAAGCUAUUCAAACAAUAUGGAAAAAUUGACUCUAUUAGAUUUAGAUCCAUUUCUUUUGACGAAAAUUUACCUAGAAAAGUGUCGUUUGCCAAAAAGAAUUUGCACAAAUCGAGGGAUUCGGUAAAUGCAUACGUUGUUUUUGUUGAAAAGCAGUCAUCAUUAGCAGCAAAACAAUUGAAUGCAACUGUAUUUGAAAAUCACCACCUUCGAGUUGACCAUGUUGCUCACCCAGCACCCAAGGAUAACAAGAGAACCAUAUUUGUUGGUAAUUUAGAUUUUGAAGAAAAGGAGGAGAGCCUAUGGACCUAUUUUAAUGAUAAAUUGGACAAUGACGUUGAAUCAGUUAGGAUUAUACGUGAUUCCAAGACUAAUAUGGGUAAAGGAUUUGCAUUGGUUCAAUUUAAUGACACAUUAACAGUAAAUAAAGCAUUGAUGUUAAAUGAUAAGCCAAUGGCGGCCACCUCAGGUAAUAAGAAAGCUCGUAAAUUGAGAAUAUCAAGAGCCAAAUCAAAUGCCAAACCUUCGUUGAUGUCACCUAAUCAUUUUGAAAAUGUAAAGAAAGCCUAUGCGUCAAAUAAAUCUCGUGACCAACAAAACUUGACUGACACCCAAAAGACAAAAUUGGGAAGGGCACAAAGCGUAUUAGGUAAAGCUGAUAGAUCAAGAGCUGGAAAAGCCAAGAGAGUUAUAAUCGAAGGUGAAAGGGCGACUAAGGGUCUGAAAAUUGCCGGUAUUAAGGGACUAAAGAGUGGGAAGGUAAAGAAACCAAGAAUUAGAGAUAGGUCGACCAAAUUCAAAAAUGAAAGAGAGGCUAUGAAGAAGGAAGCGAAGAAGUAG